UCAAACUUCACAAUACCUACGGAAUACAAAUUUCCUCAAAGACAACCUUUGUGUGUGCACUCUAUUCAAGAGUACUUCUCUCCUUAAAAAAAAAAAAAAGACAUCCUAAGAGAGUCAUCAAUAAUCAUGGCUCUCUCACAUCCCAUGAUAAUUUUCUCUCUUUUUCUUACAUUUGUAGUCCUUUCUGUUGCUCAAUCCCCCAUGAUGGCCCCCACAAUGCCACCAUCCACCAUGUCAAUGCCACCAUCCACCAUGUCAAUGCCACCUACUACUCCCACCACCACUACUCCUCCACCAAUGUCUACCAUGUCACCGCCACCAACCGCCAUGUCAUCUCCUCCAAUGAGCAUAAUGGCACCAUCCAUGAGUCCAAUGGGCCCAUCCAUGAGCCCAAUGGACUCAUCACCACCAGCCCCUGCAGCCCCUGGUAUGGCACCCAUGGGGGGUAUGGUACCAGGGCCUGCACCAGGACCUAUGGAUGGUGGGGCAAUGGCUCCUCCACCUCCAUCUCGUGGAUUUGUUCAUGGAAGUAGCAUGGUCAUGGUAGCAAUUCUUGGGAGUGUAGCACUUCUAUUCUAAAUUGAAUUUGGUCAUUUAAUUUAAUUUGUGGUUCGGCCUUCCUGAUCCCGUGCAUAAUGAGAGUUUAGUGCACCAUGCUGUUUUUUUUUUUAUCAGUAUUGUUGUAGAUUACAAAUAAUUUACUUAUUUGUUGUACUAUUUUAUUUUCAAUUUCUUCUAGUGUUCUUUUUUCUUAUUUUGGUCCCAUUGUAUUGUUGAUUUUGUGUGGAAGGGUGAGAAUUUGAAGAGGUCUGAUUGGAGAUUUAUCAAAUGUUACAUGCUCUCUAUGUAACAUUUUGACAUUUUAGCUUAAUCAGAUAAUAUUCUCGCUUUCUUUCCAUUUAAAUUAAAUUUCUACUUCAUUGCAA